UGAGAAAGUGACGGCUUAGAGGAGGUGAGAGAGGACGUGCUGUGGCGGCUUCCCCUGCUCCUCCACCUCAGCAGCUGUAUGGACGACCACCUCAGUCUCCUCCACUCUCCUCCGCCUUCCUCGACCAAGCUUCGGGGCACCAACCUUGUCAACCACGGCUACACCGACACCGAGCAAGACAUCAUGACAAUUGUUGCCUGCGAUAACACUCUGGAGGAGUCGGCGGCGCUGCCCGGACACCAUUCACUGGAACGCUACGAGCCAGAUCACGAGUGUUGCGAGAGAGUUGUUAUUAACAUAUCGGGUUUACGUUUCGAAACGCAGCUUAAAACCCUCUCCCAGUUCCCAGAGACUUUACUCGGGGACCCAAAGAAGAGAAUGCGUUACUUUGACCCCCUGAGAAACGAGUACUUUUUUGACAGAAAUCGCCCCAGCUUCGACGCUAUACUGUAUUACUACCAGUCAGGGGGGCGUAUUCGGAGACCUGUUAACGUUCCGAUUGACAUCUUUUCCGAGGAGAUUCGCUUCUACGAACUCGGCGAGGAGGCGAUGGAGAAAUUCAGAGAAGAUGAAGGAUUUAUAAAAGAGGAAGAGCGCCCUUUGCCCACCAAUGAAUUUCAGAGACAGGUGUGGCUGUUAUUUGAGUAUCCCGAGAGCUCGGGUCCGGCCAGGGGCAUUGCCAUCGUCUCCGUGUUGGUCAUUUUAAUUUCAAUUGUCAUUUUCUGUUUGGAAACAUUGCCGGAGUUCCGGGACGAUAAGGAUUCCACCACGAUAGCGCCCAUUAGAAACGGAACUAUGCCUUACCUCACGAGUCCUUUCUCUGACCCUUUCUUUGUGGUGGAGACACUUUGUAUCAUUUGGUUUUCCUUCGAACUGUUGAUUAGGUUCUUUGCGUGUCCAAGUAAAGCCACGUUCUCCAAAAACAUAAUGAACAUUAUUGACAUCGUGGCAAUCAUACCGUACUUUAUAACUCUCGGGACCGAGCUCGCGGAGAGGCAGGGCAAUGGGCAGCAGGCGAUGUCCUUGGCCAUUCUGCGCGUGAUAAGACUAGUUCGAGUGUUUCGGAUUUUCAAACUAUCGCGACACUCCAAAGGGCUCCAGAUUUUGGGGCAAACCCUGAAAGCGAGUAUGAGGGAGCUUGGGUUACUGAUAUUCUUUCUCUUCAUUGGGGUUAUUUUGUUUUCAAGUGCUGUCUACUUUGCUGAGGCGGAUGACCCAGACUCGGGCUUUAACAGCAUCCCCGACGCGUUCUGGUGGGCCGUGGUAACCAUGACGACGGUGGGAUACGGGGACAUGCAUCCAGUCACUAUUGGGGGCAAAAUAGUUGGCUCGCUGUGCGCGAUUGCCGGCGUGCUAACAAUCGCGCUGCCAGUUCCAGUCAUAGUCUCCAACUUCAACUAUUUUUACCACAGAGAGACUGAAGGCGAGGAACAGGCGCAGUAUUUGCACGUUGGCAGCUGCCAACCCCUGUCCUCCACCGAGGAGCUGAAAAAGACGCACAGCACGUCGUCACUCAGCAAGUCGGAAUACAUGGUGAUCGAAGAGGGCAUGAAUAGCGCGUUUAAGCAGCCCAACUUCCCCGCGCAGAACAACCAGAACUGCGUGAACAUAAAAAAAAUGUUCACCGAUGUUUAAUCGCAGCGUAAUCGGACAGUACACUCAUUUGAGAACUACAGCUAUUCAAAAACGCUCCUAAUCGUGCUGUGUCCGUACAAAUGUGUGGACCACGCCGUCGGUAAAUGUCAUGAGUGAGCCGCAGAGUUUAGACCUCCAUUUGCGCCUGAGAGGAUAUGACAGAUUUUAAAGCUAAAGAUCCAUACGCGUUCUACUUUUAGUGUUCACUUGUUAAGUUCAGCCAUCUUACUGUGAGGACCAUAGGCCUAAAUACUGUGUUAUUUCCUGUCAUUAGGGGACGUUUAUUUAAAUAUGCAAAUGUAGCAUAUUACCAAUAACGAUUUAAUUGCAAAUGACCUUCGAACACAAGUCACUUAUUAGUAUUAAGGAGAAGUUGUAUAGACUGUUAUACUUGCGGUUUACUUGAUGGCCUCUAAUCUCAGUUUAUCAGAGUCAAAUGUGAACCGACAUCAGAGAAAGCGGAUGGGAGUCUGUUAUAAUAUGACCAUAAAUUUUGUUAAAUAAUGGACAUGCGUUGUCUGAUCAUGUAACUCGUCGGGUAAGAUGUCAGCGAGUUGAACUGGCACAUUGUGUGUGUUGUGCGUUGCUGUCCAAUUCUUGUCAGUAUUUCAUAUCAAUGAAAUAUGUAUCCUGCUGUGCAAUUUUAUUGCGAAGGCGUGAAAGCUUCAUUCAUGUAAUAUGCCUGUCUUUCUAAGAACAUUGAACUCUGCUUCUAAAAUUUUAAGCACAAAUUUAAAGCCAUUUGAACAUUAAUCUCACAAAAAGCCGAGAGACAAAAAAGACGGGAACGAUCGGAUAAAGACCGCGCAUUCGACUGGAUGCUCCUUAUCACGCCUGGAGUGAUGCAGUCUCCAUAGCGACGAUAGUUUCCUCGGUAACUAACUAUUGUUGCCAUGGCAUCCUUUUCAGUUUCCACAGUAACCCUCCAGAUGGCUUUGAAGUCUGGCCGAAGAUUUGAUACGUUAAAUGAUACAGCGCACAAGUUCUACCAGAUGGGAUGCUGUAAACUAGAGUUGGAUUGUUUCACCAAAACAACGCCAACGCACCACAAAUAACAAAUGACUUUGGAGUAGCAAACAAUAUCUCCACACUCUGGGAUACAAUCGCAAUAAACGUUUCUUGUUUUUCCUGACAUGCGAAGGAACAAUAUUUCUAAUGUUGUAUAAACAAAGACACGGUUCAACACGCGAAGACAGAGCACAGAAUUGUGAAUGGGCGUGGACCAGAGCGCGUGCUGAUGCACUGAGCGUUCACGAGGGGCUGAUCUAUCCACGCGGAAUUCUGUUGCGCGAGUCAUAAGGAGGAGUUGGCAAAAGAAGCCAAAUGAAGCCCAGCUAGCCAAAUGGAGGCUACCCCUCUCUACUACUGCACCCUCUCAGACUCUCAACACCAACCUGCUCCACCUCAGCUGGACACCUGUCCCAUCCUCCAAACCUGUCUCCCCAUCCUUCUGCCUUGCCCCCCCAGGCUGUCUCCCAGUCUCAGCUCUGACCUUUAUGCCAUUGGGGGACUGAGUUCAUGUGCUGCCCCACUGAAGUGCACCUUCACACCCUCCUCC